UCCCAGAAUGCAGUGCAGGAGUCCUUCCAGCCGAGAAGGGCCCUGAGUGGCCACAGUCACCGGCUGUGCCCAGCGCCAGGGGCUGGCUCGCUCAGCACUCUCUUGGGGUGUCCUGGGGACCCUGCAGGUGGCCCUGUGGAGGAGCGGACAAGGCCAGAGAGGGCCCUGGGUGGACACUCGGAGCCCCAGAUCUUUCAAGACAGCCCCACACUCAGCCUAGCGGAGAUGCUCCAGACCAAUCUGCCUGAGGCUCUGCGGAUCAGAUUGGAAUUGGACGGUGAGAGUCAAACCCUGGAGCUGCUGCAGAAUAGGGAGCUGGUCCCAGGCCGCCCACACCUGAUGUGGUACGAGCCCGACGGCACCCGUGUGGUCAGCGAGGGACACACUCCGGAGAGCUGCUGCUACCAGGGAGUGGUACAGGGCCACGUGGGCUCCUGGGCGUCGGUGUGCACCUGCUCAGGGCUCAGGGGUCUGGUGGUCCUGUCCCCCGAGAGAAGCUACACCUUGGAGCUGGGGCCCGGGGACCUGCGAGCCGCCCCCAUCAUCUCCCGGACCCGAGACCUCCUCCUGCCAGGCCGCACCUGUGGGUUGAGCUGGCACGCAUCUGCGGCCACGCGGGCUCCCCAGGAGCGGCCCCGGGGACGGCGCCACAGCCACACGCGCAGUCGUCGGCGGAGGCGGGACGUGGUGGCAGAGACCAAGGUUAUUGAGCUGGUGCUCGUGGCCGACCAUUCUGAGGUCCAGAGGUACCCGGACUUCCAGUACCUGCUGACCCGCAUGCUGAAGGUGGCCUUUCUCCUGGACACCUUCUUCCGGCCCCUGAACGUCCGGGUGGCGCUGGUGGGCCUGGAGGCCUGGAGCCAGCGUGACCUGGUGGAGAUCAGCCGGGACCCCGGCCUCACGCUACACAACUUCCUGCGCUGGCGGCGGGAAGACUUACUGCCUCGACUGCCCCACGACAGCGCCCAGCUCGUGACUGCCACCUCGUUCUCCGGGCCCGCGGUGGGCAUGGCCGUUCAGAAUUCCAUCUGCUCUCCUGAUUUCUCGGGGGGUGUGAACAUGGACCACUCCACCAGCGUCCUGGGGGUUGCGUCCUCCAUAGCUCACGAGCUGGGCCACAGCCUGGGCCUGGACCACGACUUGCCAGGGAACAGCUGCCCCUGCCCGGGCCCGGCCCCGGCCAAGAGCUGCAUCAUGGAGGCCUCCACAGACUUCCUGCCAGGCCUCAACUUCAGCAACUGCAGCCGGCGGGCCCUGGAGGAGGCUCUCCUGGAGGGGAUGGGCAGCUGCCUCUUCGAACGGCGGCCCGGCCUGCCCUCUAUGGCCGCGGUCUGCGGAAAUAUGUUGGUGGAGCCGGGCGAGCAGUGUGACUGUGGCUUCCCGGACGAAUGCACCGACCCCUGUUGCGAUGACUUCACCUGCCAGCUGAAGCCUGGGGCGCAGUGCGCGUCCGGCGGGCUCUGUUGUCAGGAUUGCCAGCUGCGCCCAGCCGGCUGGCAGUGCCGCCCUGCCAGAGGGGACUGUGACCUCGCAGAGUUCUGCUCGGGAGACAGCCCCCAGUGCCCUCCUGACGUCAGCCUGGGGGACGGCGAGCCGUGCGCGGGGGACCAGGCUGUGUGCGUGCAGGGGCGCUGCGCUUCCUAUGCCCAGCAGUGCCAGGCUCUCUGGGGACCCGGGGCCCAGCCUGCCGCACCGCGCUGCCUCCUUACCGCCAAUACGAGAGGCGAUGCCUUCGGGAGCUGUGGACGCAGCCCUGAUGGCAGCUACGCGUCCUGUGCCCCUAAAGACGCCAUGUGCGGGCAGCUCCAGUGCCAGGGGGGUUGGGCCCGGCCGCUGCGGGGCUCAGCCCGGGAUCUGCGCUGGGAGAUACUAGAGGCCAACGGGACCCAGCCGGAGCUGAACUGCAGCUGGGUCCACCUGGACCUGGGCAAUGACGUGGCCCAGCCCCUCCUGACUCUGCCCGGCACAGCCUGUGGUCCUGACCUGGUGUGCAUUGACCGUCGAUGUCAGCCCGUGGGUCUCCUGAGAGCGCAGGAAUGUCGAAGCAAGUGCCAUGGGCACGGGGUCUGCGACAGCAAAGGACACUGCCGCUGCGAGGAGGGCUGGGCGCCGCCGGACUGCGCCAACCGCAGCAGAGCAACCAGCUCCCUGACCACAGGGCUGCCCCUCAGCCUCCUGCUGUUGGUGGCCCUGAUGCUCCUGGGCGCCAGCUACUGGCACCGUGCCCGCCUGCGCCAACGGCUCUGUCAGCUCAAAGGCCCCAGCUGCCAGUACAGGGCAGCCCAGUCUGGUCCCCCAGAACGCCCAGGACCCCCGCAGAGGGUCCUGCUGAUGCCAGGUGCCAAGCAGGCCAGUGCUCUUGGCUUCCCGGCUCCCCCUUCCAGGCCGCUGCCUCCUGACCCUGUGCCCAAGAGACUCCAGGCUGAGCUGGCUGACCGACCCAAUCCCCCCACCCGCCCUCUGCCCGCUGACCCGGUGGUGAGGCACCCUAAGGGGCCCGCCAAGCCCCCACCCCCGAGGAAGCCAUUGCCUGCCAACCCCCAGAGCCGGCGCCCUUCGGGUGACCUGCCUGGCCCAGAAACUGGAAUCCAACCCGUAGUGGUACCGUCCAGACCUGCACCGCCGCCCCCAGCAGCGUCCUUGCUCUACCUCUGACCUCUGCUGAGGUUUCCCGGCCUGCCACCCGGACCUAGGACUUCAAGAGGCCGACCAGUCCCUGGAGUCCCCCGCGAUGACUGAGGGAGCCGGAGCCUGGACCCCAGACACUGCCACGGUCCGCUGAGCAGCUCUCUAGGGACCCCCUCACGCCAUGGAAGCUGGGGUUGGGGAGGGGCUGGGCGCUGGACUGGGCUGAGGGAGGUGCACACAGCCUGUUCCUGCUCUGGUGCAAUAAACAGUGAGGUCUGGGCAGCG